AUGAGCUUGGAAACACUCUCUGCUCUGUAUCCAAAGGCAACAAAAUCAAAAAAUGAGGCAGAACGACUGCUAGAGCAGUUUGAGUUGGGGUUAGAUCGUUCAAUUGCCUUACAACAAAGGCUAUCAGCAAUUCUUAAUGAUUUUUGUAGGCAAGUAACAGAAUUAAAACAAGUUCUUGAAGGAUUAAAAUCCUCCAAAUCUAUUGACCGUUCUCAAGAAAAAAUUUGGGAUCGAAGAGUUGAUAAUUUAAUAUCAGAUUCUAAUUCUUUAAGAGAAUCUGUAUCAAAACAGUUAGAUCAUAUUCACAAAAGCCAGAUUGAAGAACAGAAAAAACUAUCUUAUUCUUCUCCAGAAAAGUACAAUGGAGUUGGAGCUCUAAUACGUGAAAAGGCCAUCUGGCAAGAGAGCCAUAUUGCUAUUGAUCAUGCACUAGAGCAAGCAAAAAGUAUUGUUUCUAACCUUAAGAACCAAAAUAGAAUGCUUAAGUCUGUCAGGAAAAGAGCUCUGGAUAUGGCAAGUAGAUUAGGAAUCAGCCAUUCUUUACUUUCAAAUAUCGAGAGGCGAAACCUAGUUGACCAGAUUCUAGUCUAUGGAUGCAUUUUCCUUACAUCACUGAUUUUUAUUACUAUUUAUUUAUUUAUACACUAUAUUUAUCGCAAGAGAAAGAUGCAAAAAUAUAUAAAUUAUAGAAUAAGGGUAACUGUUCAAGAUGACAGAAUUAUGGUUGGGAAUUUGAUGGCAUUUGAUAGACAUAUGAAUUUGGUCUUGUCUGACUGCCAAGAGUAUAGACGGGUAAAAAAAGGAGAAGAGUCAAAAGAGCUAAAGAGAUCUCUUGGAUUAAUAAUGCUCAGAGGAGAAAAUAUUGUCACUUUUGUUGCAGAAGCACCUCCAAAGAACCAACCAAACAAACCAGUUGAACAUACUUAUGCAGGAAAUGUUCAGACUAUAGCUAGAGGUCCCCCUUUAAUUCCUCCCCCUAUUAUGCCACCAGGGCAAUUUCCAUUAAUUAAUCCUUCAAUUGGAGGAUUACCUAUUCCACCACCAGGAAUUCCUCCAUUGCCUCCAAAUAUUCAUGGUAAUAAAUAG